AUGGCCACCCCACGAGAGGAUACUUUGAAUAAGUUAGUCGAGGAACGCGGUCGCGUUAAAUCGUCGCUCACGCGAUUUAAGACAUGUUUCGAGACGCAGCGAGCAACCACCGGGGCUGCUGCAUUGGAGGAACGGUUGCACAGAAAUCUCCAUUUACUCGAUAGAUUUGAGUCGAUUCAGGAUCGCAUCGAUGCGAUCACCGCCGGGACACCGGAAGAACACACGCAAAAUCAAAUUCGCGAGGCGUUCGAAAACGCGUAUUUCGAUAUCAUAGGCGCGGUUCGCGAACAUGUUUCGGCUAAGCGUGCUCCGGUUCCGAAUCCGAGCUCUACCGCGCAACAGACGUUUCGUGUAGAUGCUGCAUCACCCACAGCCUCCGUAGCGGCACCCUCGGUUAGAUUGCCGUCAGUUCCGUUGCCCAGUUUUCACGGGACGGUCGGAGAAUGGGUCUAUUUUCGAGACAGCUUCGAAUCAUUGAUAAACCAAAAUACCGUGUUAAGCAAUAUCGAACGGUUUCACUAUUUGAGAUCAGCAGUAAAGGGAGACGCUGCUCGGGCAUUGAAAGCAUUACCGAUGUCAGAUGAAAACUACACGGCCGCGUGGAAGCUCUUGUGCGAGCGUUACGAAGACACAAAUGAAUUAAUCGAUUUCCACGUCGGUGCAUUGUUCGACUUGCCGACGUUGCCAAAGGACUCACCGGCGAGUCUGAGGCAACUUUUAGACGACUUUAACAACAAUUUAAAAUCCUUAACCUCGCUGGAGGAACCCGUCGAAAAAUGGGACACGAUCUUGGUCCAUUUAUUAGCGACCAAACUCGACCGGAAAACGAGCGAAGCGUGGGAUAAACGGGUCGCGGAAAUAGGCCGUAAGAAAACGUUGGCAGAUUUACAGACAUUUCUCGAAAAGCAGUACAAAAUCCUAAUAAAGUCAGUUCGAGUAAUACCUCCGGGUCCGUUCCCUCCGAAAAAUAGGAACCCAGGUCAGAAACCGCAACCUCACCCCAUGACGCUGGUUAGCAUGCAAAGUUUAGAAUGCCCAUUAUGUUCGUCGGAUCAUCCUCUCACACAAUGCAAACGGUUUAAAGCUUUGACUCCGUACGCUCGGUUUAUGAAGGUCAAAGAAUUCCGUAUUUGUUUUAAUUGCCUGCGACCAGGUCAUGGUUCAAACACCUGCAACAAGGGGAAUUGCCACAAAUGCAACGGCAACCAUCAUACGUUGAUUCAUUUAAAAAAUGACUUGACGCCUACCGUAGAUCCCGUGGUUGCAGAUCCCGUCGUUAGUAUAGCAAAUGCAGUAAAUAAUACGCCCCCUCAGAGUUAUGCAACUCAUGACUCGUCGGGAAAGGAGCAUGUUCUUUUAUCCACGGCUAUUAUACAUGUCCUCAACGACAAGGGACAAAAAUUUGAAUGUAGGGCGUUACUCGACCAAGGCUCGCAAGUAAAUAUCAUAAAAAAGUCAUUUGCGAAAUUUGUCGGCUUGAGUUGUAAACCGACCCAAUUAGCGAUCUCGGGGGUAGGGGCCGCGGACGCAGGUAAACGCGCUCAGGGUAAGGCUCGCGUUACAAUACAAUCGCGGCAAAACGGAUAUUCAACUACGAUGUCAUGCAUACUGAUGCAAAAGAUCACUUCCGAUAUUCCCAAUUUUAAAAUCGCCAAAUCAGCAUUGAACAUCCCUGCAAAUGUCAGAUUAGCAGAUCCAUCCUUUGACAAACCGCGUGAUGUAGACAUGCUAAUAGGGAAUGGGCAUUUGUGGGAGAUAAUGAGCGUAGGACAGAAACGCCUGGGACAGGGUCUUCCGGUAUUGCUCAAAUCCCAGUUCGGAUGGGUUUUCGGUGGGAAAAUUCGGGCGUCGCUCAACGCGGAGUCGCAGUCGUGCAAUGUAGUCACGAAUGAUCAAUUAAAUUCACAAUUAACUCGAUUUUGGGAUAUCGAACAAAUCCCAACACUCGGUCACCUUCCAGCUCACCCGUGCGAGGAGCAUUUUAAUGAGACGGUAAAGCGAGACUCCGACGGCCGGUUUAUUGUUACGAUUCCGUUUAACUCGGACCUGGCAAAGCUCGGCGAUUCAUAUUCCAUGGCGGAGCGUAGGUUCUUCGGCUUGGAAAGAAAAUUGAACAGGACACCUGUUCUGAAAGCAGAAUACGUGUCUUUUAUGAGCGAAUACCUCGCACUGGGUCAUAUGACUCAGGUAAGUCGGGACUCUCGAACGCAGGCCGGUCCUGCCUAUUACCUGCCACACCAUGCGGUGACAAAGGCAGCAAGCACAACGACCAAGAUGCGCGUUGUAUUUGACGGAUCCGCGAAAACCAGUUCCGGAUAUUCUUUAAAUGAUACUCAAGAGAUCGGUCCUGUUGUUCAGGACGAUCUAUUUUCCAUACUCAUUAGAUUCAGACAGCAUCAGAUUAUUUUGAGCGCCGACAUCGCCAAGAUGUAUCGGCAGAUUUUAGUCGCUCCCGAGCAGCGAGUUUUUCAACGGAUUCUAUGGCGCGAAGAACCUACGCUCCCAUUAGAAACGUACGAAUUGAAUACGGUUACAUACGGCACUGCGUCCGCGCCGUUUUUAGCGACCUGCGUCCUUCGGCAAAUUGGAUUGGAUCAGUCUCAUCUAGAUCCAGUAAUAAGUAAUAUCAUCAUCCACGACUUCUACGUGGAUGACUUGCUAACGGGCGCGGAAACAGUAGAACAAGCAAUAGAAAUUAAAGUAUCACUUGAGAAAAUAUUGCAAUCUUCAGGCCUACCACUUAGAAAGUGGGCCUCAAAUGUUCCGGCAGUGGUUCAAGAGGUUCUAACGGAAUCCAGAGAUCUGAAUUUACAAGCAGAAAAGGACCCAAAGACUCUUGGACUACUGUGGGAACCAUGCACCGAUGAGUUGCGAGUCAGUGUAGAAUCUCAACCAGUCUUACGGACUACGAAAAGAACAAUUCUAUCCGAAGUAUCCAAAAUUUUUGAUCCGCUUGGGUUAGUGGCGCCUGUCAUCAUCCAGGCAAAACUAAUUAUACAGUCGCUAUGGCAAUUAAAACUCUCAUGGGAUGAAUCCGUACCACAAGCGAUUCAUUCCGAGUUCCAUGAUUUUUAUGCGGACCUCAGCUACUCCAAGCAAUGUCGCAGCACUUUUGGAAACGGUGGCAGUUGGAAUACCUCCAUCAGCUGCAACAGCGACAUAAAUGGAAAAUCGCUGUACCAGAAGGAUUCGGAGUGGGCACGAUGGUCGUCAUCAAAGACGCUAGUCUCCCUCCUCUAA